GACUGUCAAGAUAGGUGCCUAGCAAGCCUUGUAGUAUCCUAGCAAGCACCCGCGAGCCCGCGCGUUGAACCCGCCAAUUCUGCAAGCCUGUCAUAGAGUCCGCUUUUUGCUGCAUCUGAGGCAUGCCACCACACAUAACGCUUAAGCGUUAGGAUUCAAGGUGUUUGCGCGAGGAUUCCCGCGAAAUCAUCUGCGACACCAUGAGCGACUCCGGUUGCAGCGCCUCGGAGCGCGAUAGCUCUGCUAGCGAGAACGAUAGCAACUUCUUGCAUGACGGGCUGGGGUUGGGGUACAGCAGGCAGGCGGAGGAGGAGGGCUGUGCGGAUGUGGCCGCCGAGGCUGAGGCCGCAGCCGGCGACGCAGCGGGCGGCAGGGCGUGGAGCAGGAGGCCAUCUUCGGGCGGCGGUGCCCCAGGCCGCACGCUGCAGCAGGGCGAUGCGCUUGUCGCGGAGCCCAGUGGGGCUGUAGCUGCAGCUGCUGCAGACUCCGCUACAGCCACCGCUGCUGUGAUGGCCACGGGCGCCAUGACUACAGCAGCUGCUGCAGGCGCUGACAUGGAGCAUCCAGACGAUCUGGGCCAGGACGCGGCAGCGCCGGCAACUGCGGCGGCAACGAAGGUCGCCCGCCGGCUUGAGAUCGACGGCAGGCUGGGGAGCGGCGCUGACGGUUUCGUAUUUGUCGGCAGAUGUGGCGGCGAGCCCGCCGCCGUCAAGGUGUUUGACUGGGAGAACCUGGAAAGGUGCUGGCAGGAGGAGCAGGCGUACCUGGCCCUGGCGGCUGUGCAGGGGUCCGCCGUCCCGCGGCUACUGCACUCCGGCGAGAUGCGGGUGCCACUGGGCUAUCGGUUCCUAGUCCUGCAGUACAUCCAGGGCGCCGUGCCGCUGUCGGAACUGCCGCAGCCGCUGCCCGAGGAGGUCUGCACCGCAGCAAGGCGCGCCCUGUGCGCCGCUCACGCCGCCUGCCCGGGCCUGCUGCACGGCGACCUGCGGCUCGAGAACAUCCUGCUGCUGCCGCCGGUAGUCGCCGGGGGCGGUGGGGGCGGUGGGGGUGGCGGUGGCAGUUGCAAUGGCGGCGGCGACGCGGCGGAGGCUGCCGGCGGGGGCGUGGCCGCAACAGCAGAUAGCGCAGUGCGCGGCACGGUGGGCAGCGUGACGGGCAACGCGGCAAGUGAUGGAGGCGGAGGGCCGGGCACGGGCGACGCGGCGGCGACUGGCGCUGUGGCGGCGGAGCGGCAUUGCAUGGUGAUAGACUGGGCGCGGUCGCACUUCAAUGGCACCCAAGAGGAGCAGGCGCAGGAGCAGGAGGAGCUCAGGCGCGUGCUGCUGGGGCUGCCGCCGGAGCCCAGUGGGCCUGUAGCUGCAGCUGCUGCAGACUCCGCUACAGCCGCCGCUGCUGUGAUGGCCACGGGCGCCAUGACGACGGCAGCUGCUGCAGGCGCUGACAUGGAGCAUCCAGACGAUCUGGGCCAGGACGCGGCAGCGCCGGCAACUGCGGCGGCAACGAAGGUCGCCCGCCGGCUUGAGAUUGACGGCAGGCUGGGGAGCGGCGCUGACGGUUUCGUAUUUGUCGGCAGAUGUGGCGGCGAGCCCGCCGUCGUCAAGGUGUUUGACUGGGAGAACCUGGAAAGGUGCUGGCAGGAGGAGCAGGCGUACCUGGCCCUGGCAGCUGUGCAGGGGUCCGCCAUCCCGCGGCUGCUGCACUCCGGCGAGAUGCGGGUGCCACUGGGCUAUCGGUUCCUAGUCCUGCAGUACAUCGAGGGCGCCGUGCCGCUGUCGGAAAUGCCGCAGCCGCUGCCCGAGGAGGUCUGCACCGCAGCAAGGCGCGCCCUGUGCGCCACUCACGCCGCCUGCCCGGGCCUGCUGCACGGCGACCUGCGGCUCGAGAACAUCCUGCUGCUGCCGCCGGUAGUCGCCGGGGGCGGUGGGGGCGGUGGGGGUGGCGGUGGCAGUUGCAAUGGCGGCGGCGACGCGGCGGAGGCUGCCGGCGGGGGCGUGGCCGCAACAGCAGAUAGCGCAGUGCGCGGCACGGAGGGCAGCGUGACGGGCAGCGUGGCAAGCGAUGGAGGCGGAGGGCCGGGCGCAGGUGACGUGGUGGCGAGCGGCGCUGUGGCGGCGGAGCGGCAUUGCAUGGUGAUAGACUGGGCGCGGUCGCACUUCAAUGGCACCCAAGAGGAGCAGGCGCAGGAGCAGGAGGAGCUCAAGCGUGUGCUGCUGGGGCUGCCGCCGGACGAGGAGGAUGACGACUGGUAUUAAGCUAGCUAGCGGGGAGCUGGGAGCGCACGCGGCACCCGCUAGCU